CCUCUCAGCCACUCUGUCCUGUCAUCCAUCCUGGCCAAAUCCAAAAGGGAAAAUGAAAGAGGGCCUGGGAGGAACAAGUCCCAGCCAUCCCCCAGGAUCCCUCCCUCAGCUCUAAUACCUCAGCUCCAGCUCCAGGGUGAGUGGGGUCAGCGCCAUGGGGGAGUGGGCGUUCCUGGGCUCGCUGCUGGACGCCGUGCAGCUGCAGUCGCCGCUCGUGGGCCGCCUGUGGCUGGUGGUCAUGCUGAUCUUCCGCAUCCUGGUGCUGGCCACGGUGGGCGGCGCCGUGUUCGAGGACGAGCAGGAGGAGUUCGUGUGCAACACGCUGCAGCCGGGCUGCCGCCAGACGUGCUACGACCGCGCCUUCCCCGUCUCCCACUACCGCUUCUGGCUCUUCCACAUCCUGCUACUCUCGGCGCCGCCCGUGCUCUUCGUCAUCUACUCGGUGCACCUGGCCGGCAAGGAGGCGGGCGGCGCGGACGCGGGGCCCGGACUCCGGCCCCCGCCGCGCCGCCGCUGCUACCUGCUGAGCGUGGCGCUGCGCCUGCUGGCCGAGCUGGCCUUCCUGGCGGGCCAGGCGCUGCUCUACGGCUUCCGCGUGGCCCCGCACUUCGCGUGCGCCGGCCCGCCGUGCCCGCACACCGUGGACUGCUUCGUGAGCCGGCCCACCGAGAAGACCGUCUUCGUGCUCUUCUACUUCGCCGUGGGGCUGCUCUCGGCGCUGCUCAGCGUGGCCGAGCUGGGCCACCUGCUCUGGAAGGGCCGCCCGCGCGCCGGGCGCUGUCGCCAGGGGGCCGAGCGCGACGGCCGCCGCCACCGAGCGCACGAGGAGGCGCAGCAGCUGCUCCCGCCGCCGCCGCCGCCGCCGCCGCCGCUGCCCCCGAUCCCGCCCUCCCGCCGCCCGCGCCCCGACGACCCCAGCGACCCGCCCGCCUACGCGCACCCGGGCCCCGCCGGCGACAGCGAGGGCGGCAGCGGCCGCAGCAAGGCGUCUCUGGCCACCGUCCGCCAGGACCUGGCCAUCUAGAGGCAGGCGGCACAGGGCGCUGCCCGAGCCCUUCCCGGGGGCUGUCGGUGGUGCGGGGGCCCGGGGCAGGAACGGAGGCCCCGGACCGAGAGAAAGCGCCCCAGAGGACAUAGUAGAGAGGGAAGUGGAGGUUCGGGUGGUGCCCAGAAAAAGUCGUGGUGACACCAGCUUCCCGCGGGCCUCUCGGCGUUCACACUAGGGUGUGGCCCCUGUGCGGGCUCUCUCUGUGCGUGCGCACAUGUACACCUCUGUCUAGUGUGAGCUGCCUGUGCGCGCAUGCGUUUAUCCUGUGUGAGCUGUGUGUGUACGAGUGUGUGGGCACGGGUGCGUCCUGUGUGGGCUCGCUGUGUGCGCGUGUGUGUGCCCAUGUGGGUUCCGCGUAUAUACAGGCAUCUGUGUGCCCUGGGUGACUGCAUGUGAGAGAGAGAGAGAGAGAGAGCUGAUAAGGUGCCAGCAACAGCCACGGUGGCUCCCUCCUUACCUUCGGGGGCAUUGCAGGAAGUUCUCCCCUCUUGAUGGAGCCCACACAGGGAGAAGAGAGGUGCCCCUUCACCCUGGGCAGGCCUCCCUGCGGCUGGGCUGGUGGGUACCACCCACAUCCUCCCGGGGUGGCCUGGGCACUGUGGCCAAGGCCUCCCUUUGUUGCAAGUAGAGUGGGGGUGGACAGUAGGGUCGGGGGGGGGGGGGGGGCAGGGCUCUGUCCUAGCUUCCCUCCCUACCCCUGCUGCUAUUCCCCAAGUCCAUAAACAUGCCCAAGUUCCUUCCCUCAUGGAAAGACAUCUGCCCCCAAACGUGCUCCGCCCCCGCAUUUCCCUGCAGCCACCACCGUCUUCCCUCCUGGGGAGAUACAAGAGUUAUGUAGUGGCUGCCUCUUGUCCCCCUCCUGUUUCUUCUCCACUCCCAUCUGUCUUCCUCCCUUGCCCCUGCAGGGGGGUUGUUCUCCCUAAGAUCACCCAGGACCUACGUGACCUUCAGGGGCCCCCAUCUGACCCUGCCCUGGCCUUUAUCCAACCCUCCUUGAGCAGGCCACCCCCACCUACCCUACCCUGCCUGAUCUCCUAGUCCACCUGCUCACGCCCUCAGGGACUCCCUGUCAUCAGGGUAAGGCCAGCACCGGAAAGAGACUUCUGGAGUCUCACCCUGUCCUGUUCUGCCCCAGCCCCAGUUUGCGGGCUUCCCACGGUAUCUGUGCUCCAAACCGUACUGCGUCUUCUCUUCUUGCCAGGCACAGUGACCCAUCUCCUUCCAGAAGUUUGAUCGUGCUGUUUCUUGGCCUGGUGCAACCUGCCUUCCACCCUAGCUAAUACCUACCUUUUGGUCUCAUUUGGGAACAAACAGGUCCCUUCCCUCACAGCGCCUGCCCCCAAGGUGCAGCUAGAUGCCUGUGGCACCCCUACUUCCCCAGGCAGAGCACGCCUGCUGGAUGGCAUCACUGCCCCCCAUCAGCCCAGAGGAGAUGCUUAGUAAAUCUGCGUUCAUGAGGAGCUG